AUGAUUGAUACCAGUAUAUUGCCCUUUGCCGAAUUAAGGUUUUGGUCAUCGUUAGCGUACACCUUGUCGUUAUAUAUAUUCUUUGCAUUCCUCAUUUAUUUAAUUUAUCAAUGCCAUACUUCACACUACUUGUAUCAGUUUCGUUCGACAUUUAGGAGAGAUUUUUGUGGUUUGAUUUUAUUGAUCCGAUUAAGAUGGAAUAUCUGGAAGCAUAUGAAAGCUAAUCAACCGGUGCAUCAAAUAUUCUUGCGAAAUGUUGAAAAUUAUGGAGAUAAGGAAGCGCUGGUUGAAGUGGACACAGGCAGAAGGUUUACGUUCCAUGAAAUGAAUCAACUGUGCAAUCAGUAUGCGAACUACUUCCAGUCAGAAGGCUACAAAAAUGGUGAUGUAAUAGCAUUGUUUCUUGAAAAUUGUGCUGAUUUUCCUGCCAUUUGGCUUGGACUAAGUAAAAUUGGUGUUGUCACUUCGUGGGUGAAUAUAAAUUUGAGGGCAGAACCACUCGCUCAUUCAAUUGAUAUUUCUAAAUCAAGUUCCGUUAUCACUAGCAGUGCACUUUUUCCAGCACUGAAGGAUUUAUUCUUAUCGGGAAAAUUGAAACAGAUCAAAGUUUAUAUCACAGAUGAUAUUGGUAAUAUUAAAAAUAGCAUCUUAUCAUUGGCAACAAAAAUUCCUUUAAUUUCUACCGAAGAACCAGUCGUUCAUGAAAAACCAACGUUCAGAUCAUUGCUUUGUUAUAUUUUCACAUCAGGAACGACAGGGAAUCCUAAGCCAGCACUUAUAAAACAUUACCGAUACUAUUGGAUGGCGAUAGGUGUGGCCAGGUCCUUCGGAAUCUUUACAGCAGACCGUUUGUAUGUGAUGAUGCCAGUUUAUCAUAGCGCUGGAGGAAUCCUUGGUAUCGGACAGACCGUGCUACAAGGUAGCACGUGUGUCAUUAGGAAGAAAUUCUCUGCGAGUAAUUUUUGGAAAGACUGCGUCAAAUAUAAUUGUAAUGUCAGUCAGUAUAUCGGUGAAAUUUGCAGGUAUCUUCUAGCUCAAAAGGAGACUGUGGAAGCAAAGGAACACAAAAUACGUCUCAUGUUCGGUAAUGGUUUACGAGCAGAAAUUUGGCCCGAAUUCGUCAAUCGUUUUCACAUCCAGAAAAUCGGUGAAUUUUACGGUAGUACAGAAGGCAACUCAAGCAUUGUGAAUAUAGAUAAUCGUGUCGGCUCAUGUGGUUUUAUUCCGGUGCACCCUCUUGUAAAAUAUUUGUAUCCUGUGCGUUUACUCAAAGUUGACGAUGAUACCGGUGAAUUAAUUCGUACAAAAGAUGGGUUUUGUGUGGCAUGUAAACCUGGCGAAACUGGUGAAAUGGUUGGUGUUAUUAUGGAAAGUGAACCUUUACUGAGUUUCGAAGGGUAUUUAGACAAGAACGAUACUGGGAAGAAGAUAUUAAGAAAUGUUCUACGUAAAGGUGAUGCUGUUUUUACAUCAGGCGAUAUUAUAUAUUGGGAUGAUUUAGGAUAUUUAUAUUUCAAGGAUCGAAAAGGCGACACUUACAGAUGGAAAGGCGAAAACGUCAGCACUACAGAAGUGGAGGGCAUUUUACAGCUUUUGAAAUGUGUAACUGAUGUUGCUGUUUAUGGUGUCGAAAUACCGAACAGAGAAGGUCGUGCUGGCAUGGCUGCUAUCGUCGUGGCAGGGGACGAAUUUUUAAAAGAUGUGAUAUUCAAAAUAACGGAGCAUCUCAAGAAAAGUCUUCCAUCCUAUGCUAUUCCUGUUUUCUUACGUUUUUGCAAGGAUUUCGAACGAACAGGUACUUAUAAGCUGAAAAAAAUGAGUCUACGAAAGGAGGGAUAUGAUUUUUCACGCUUUAAUGAUACAAUAUUUAUUUGGGAUUGCUCCAUUAAGUCUUAUAGGAUAUUCGAUGAAAGCUUACAGCACCAGUUGAACGAUGGUACUUACGUGGGCAUUUGA